AUGAAGCCCAUCGAGCAAACACCGCGUGGUAUUGCUUUUUCAAAGUUUUUUAUUAUACCUCAACGUUCCAUUGUGGCGAUUAUGGGGUUUUUCGCUAUUGUGACGGGUUAUUCGCAGCGCCAAUGCCUCUCAAUGGCUAUAACUCAGAUGGUAGUGUAUAGAAAUAAAACAAAAAUGGGAGACACAAUAAUAUGCCCGGUCGAAGAUGCUGUUCGCACUCAGCAAGGUGGCGAAUAUGACUGGACCGAAGAAGAACAAGGUAGAACACUUAGUUUCUUCUUUUUCGGUUAUCUUCUCGCACAUAUUCCCGGCGGAAUGAUGGGCGAUCGGUUUGGUUUUAAGUGGGUUUUAAAUGGUGGAUUAAUGUGGUCAGUGACAACGACAUUUCUCGUCCCAGUCACUGUAUACUAUACGGAGCACAUAGGUUUAACCAUAUUGCGUGUUACUCAGGGAUUAGGACAAGGUGUAAUAUUCCCUAGUCUUAGCGUGAUGGUUUCACAUUGGGUGCCGAAACAUGAGCGUGGUAGAUUGGGUGCUGUCAUAUUGGGCGGCGGCCAAAUAGGAAAUGUGCUGCUAUUUGCAUUUGCAGGCCUUUUGCUUGACUCAUUCGACUGGCAGUGGGUCACUUUGCAGGCUCUCAUUUGCUACAGUGACCCCGUCACGCAUCCGUUCAUCAAACCAGCAGAACGUGAAUAUUUAGUUCAACAAAUAGGUGCACAUAUUGAGCGCACAGAUUUGCCGCCCGUACCUUGG